AUGGAGGACCUCAUUAUGACUUAUGUUGAUGAUGAUGGGAGUGUUAGAUUACUACCUGGGUAUAAGUUUGAUCCCACUGAUGAGGUUCUUGUGGAUUUCUACCUGAAGAGGAGGGUCUUUGCUCAACCUCUUCCUUUUCAAAUCAUCCCAAAUUUCAAUGUGUUUCAAACUGAACCUUGGUGCUUGCCAGGAGGAGUUGAUGGAAAGAUUUUCAAUGAACGUAAGUGCUUCUUCUACAACACCAUGUGUCGUGAUCUUGAGAACAUUGACGUGAGAGUUGCUGGGAGUGGUCAGUGGAGAGUUGUAGAAAAGGGCAAAAACAUUCCUAUCCCCCAAAACAAUCUGGUGGUUGGGAGGAGGAACACCUUGAAUUUUUGGGAAAUGCAAGGAGCCUAUGCUAGGAGAACCAAAUGGGUGAUGCAUGAGUUCCGUCUUGCGUUAAUUGCUAACCCAUCUAAGAUGGCAAACUGGGCUAUAUACCACAUCUUUAAGAAUAAGGAUGCAAAGAAGGUGAAGAUUGGAAGAGGGUGUAAUGAGAAAAGCUCCAACGAUAGGAGUGCUGAAGUAAUUGAUUUCAAGGCUGAGAAUGCAGUUUCUCAGAACCUUCCCUAG